GCAACCAUAACAUGGUCCUGUUUAUCUCUUUUUUUACUUAGUUUUUGUUUUGCUUCCUGCAGUUGGAGUUUCAGUAACUGAGUCUCUAAAUCCUUGGUGUCAGACUGUUUUUUCUUUAACUCGUCCUGCGCCUUUAAGAACUGAUGAAGCAGGUGUCUCUCCAAUCUCACAUGUUCACACCCUGCAAGAUCUGGAUUGUUUUUUAUAGAUUGCACAACCUGUUCAGGGACGCCUUUUAAAACUGCUUCUCUAAACAUUUCAGUGAAGUUUGUGUGUGGGCCUUUAGGAUUAACUAGUUUUCUUGAGCCUGGUUUCUGCAGAUUUAUUUAUAUACUCUUUGGGAUCCAUGUUACCAGCCCGGAUGUCUUGUCUCUUCCCGCCCUCCCUCGGACCACCGACGCACCGCGCCUCACGCACUCCACGCACACUGGAAGCCAGCGGGAGGAUGCUGCUUCUCGCAGCGGCUCAGAGAAGCUUCCUCCGCGGGGUUCGGCUGCAGGCGGCGGCGGCGCGGCUGUAGGAUGCACCGGACCGGACCGGAUGUGCUGGAGCGGGCCUGGCUGAGCUCGGCUGCUGCUCUCCUCCAUCACCAUCAGUCCCGAUUCGGUUGUUUUGUUUUAUUUUAGUUUUUACUCGCAUCGCAGUGUUUUUAUUUCCAGGUCAGAACCAGUGUUUCCUGUGCGGUCGUUUGCACUGAAAAUGGCCGGAGAUGGCGGCGCUCUGAAGGAUAUCAAUGAGAUUAAAUCCCAGUUCCGGACCAGAGAGGGCUUCUACAAGCUGCUCACCCUCUCCGACUCGCAGCAGCGGGGCGGCCUGCCGCGGGGCCCGACCUCCGGAGCCACGCUGGGGCCCGGCGCAGGACCCGGACCGAUCCCCGGCGCAGGGGUCGGGCUGCUGCAGGGGCCCGGGGCCGCCGCAGCCUCGUCCUCCUCCAAUGCGGCGGCCAACUCCUCCCCGGCGGGUUUCCUGCCGCCUGUCCGGGUCUCCAUGGUGAAGCUGCAGCCCGAAGACCCGAGCGAGGAGUCGGAGCGGGUGUGCUUCAACAUCGGCAGGGAGCUGUAUUUCUACACCUACACCAACAUCAAGAAGGCCGUGGACCUCAGUAAACCCAUCGACAAGAGGAUCUACAAGGGGACCCAGCCGACGUGUCACGACUUCAACCAGUACUCGGCCACGGCGGAGAGCGUGGCGCUCAUCGUGGGCUUCUCCGCCGGCCAGGUCCAGUACCUCGACCCCAUCAAGAAGGAAACCAGUAAGCUCUUCAAUGAGGAGAGGCUGAUUGACAAAUCCAAGGUGACGUGCCUAAAAUGGCUGCCCAAGUCGGAGAACCUGUUCCUGGCCUCCCACGCCAGCGGUCACCUCUACCUGUAUAACGUGGAUCAUCCGUGUGGAACCACCGCUCCGCAGUACUCGCUGCUGCGGCAGGGCGAGGGCUUCGCCGUCUACGCCUGCAAGAGCAAGACGCCGCGCAACCCCCUGCUGCGGUGGGCCGUGGGCGAGGGCGGCCUGAACGAGUUCGCCUUCUCGCCGGACGGCGUUCACGUGGCGUGCGUGGGUCAGGACGGCUGCCUGCGCGUCUUCCACUUCGACUCGAUGGAGCUGCAGGGUGUGAUGAAGAGCUACUUCGGCGGGCUGCUCUGCGUUUCCUGGAGCCCCGACGGGAAGUACCUGGCCACCGGCGGCGAGGACGACCUGGUGACCGUCUGGUCGUUCGCUGAGAGCAGGGUGGUGGCGCGCGGCCACGGCCACAAGUCAUGGGUCAACGUGGUGGCGUUCGACCCCUUCACCACUUCGCUGGAGGACGACGAGCCGAUGGAGCUCAGCGGCAGCGAGGAAGACCUCCACCAGGGGGCGCAGAAUAACUCCACGCACUUCGGCAGGGUGCGGACGAGCAGCACGCUGUCGCGGCUCUCGCGGCACAGCUCGAAAGGCGGCGGCUCGCCGUCCGUCACGUACCGGUUCGGCUCGGUGGGUCAGGACACGCAGUUCUGUCUGUGGGACCUGACGGACGACGUGCUGUACCCCCGCCUGCCCCUGUCCCGCGCCUUCACCAACACCUUCGGCCCUUCGCUGCCCAACUCCGGCAGCGGCGGGGUCAACAGCAGCUCUGGCGGCGGCGGCGGGAUCGGAGGCGUGGAGGGGCACCAUCACCCGCCGGGCGCCAACACCGGUAGCGCCAACCCGCCGACGCUUCCCCUGCCGCUGCCCCGCUCCCUGUCCCGCUCCAACUCCCUGCCCCACCCCGCGGUGGCGAAUGCCUCCAAGGGUCCGGGCGCCUCCGAGGGCGGCGGCGGUGGAGGCGGAGGAGGGGGCAGCGGCGGCGGCGGGGGCAACAUCGCCCCCUUCAGCAUCGGCCGCUUCGCCACGUUGUCCCUGCAGGAGCGCAAGUCGGACAAGUCCGGGAGCGGCAGCGUGGAGAAGGAGCACAAGCGCUACCACAGCUUGGGCAACAUCAGCAAGAGCAACGACAAGAUCAACGUUGCCCCCCGCAGCAACCGGCUGGACGGCGCCAAGGUGCUGGGCACGACGCUUUGCCCCCGCAUGCACGAAGUACCGCUGCUGGAGCCGCUGGUCUGCAAGAAGAUCGCACACGAGAGGCUGACCGUCCUGGUGUUCAUGGACGACUGCAUCAUCACGGCCUGCCAGGAGGGCCUGAUCUGCACCUGGGCGCGGCCCGGCAAGGCGAACCUGACAGCACAGAACGGGAACUCUCCCAGUGGAACGGUGGUAUAGCUGGAGGAGAAGCUUUGCACUCAUCCCUCCUCUUCAGUUCUCUGUUCGACGCCACUUUCCUCUUCUUAAACCUCAUUUUGGGGCCGACGACCAGAACCAAACCCUCAGCGUCUCUGAGGCGGAAAUCAGGCCCGAAACUCUGACCCUGACUCCUGGACUUCCUCUGGAGGAAAAUCUCAUAUUUAUUUCCGUUUUAUGCAAAACUUCAGAGUCGGUGUUAGAGAAACGGGGUUAUGCAGAAUAGUUUUGAGCUGCUAGUAUCUUACCUGCAGCAGACGGGAGUCAGAGAGAUUUCAGAUGAAACUCUGAGAACAGGAACCAUCUAGGAAUCUUUUAAAAUGCCUAAAUUUAUGUUUUAAAUGUUUUAUUUCAAGUUUUAUCCCUGGAGGAAUCCGUUUCUUAUUGUCAAGUAUGCAGAGAGCAUCUUCCAGAUGAGAUUUCCCCUGAUUGUCCAAACACUGAUCACCCUGACUGCUGCAUACUGCAGGUUAGAUACUGACUGCUAACACAGACACCAGAAAAAGAAAGUGCACCCUCUUUAACUGUUUAAAUCCAACCUCAGGAGGGGAGAAACACAUCAGGUUCAACACUGUUGUUAUUUAUUACACAAAGACGAAUCCUAAAUAUAGAAUCCGUGUGAUGAAAAAGUAAGUACACCCUUUGUUUACCGGGGUUUCAGCCUGGUGCUGCUAAUCGAAUCCAGAGAAACAAUGGAGCAGUGGAAAACAUUUUAAUCAGCUGUAACGUCACUUCAAAUUCAAAUCCCACGACGCACAGAAACCCCAAAUCUCCAACUCGACCCGUACAGGCUGCAGUUAGCAUGCUAAAGGUCAAAGUUCAUGACUGGAUGGCUCGAGAGUCUCUUGUCCCUGAAAAGAAAUGGCAGAAUGAGUUAAAUUUGCUUCAAGAGUUUUUUUAGCUGCAGAUUCAUCCUUUGUUAAAAAUAAAAAUUGAAAGAAUUUUGCUGCUGCAAUUUAGGCUCCAAAAUGUUUAUUUUCUUAUUUUCAUUUUAGUGUAAUUCUGGUACUGUAUAAAAUAAUUUUUGGUGGUUCAUAAAUAAUCUGCAGAAUGUGCCAAUUUUUUAAAUCUGAUGAAUCGUCAAAAUAAUAGUUUUUUAAAAUAAUUGUUAGUUUUAGCUGAAGUUAAAUGGAAUAAUGCUGAAUAUGAAGCACGGUGGAGGAGGAGUGAUGCUCUGGGCUCAAAUCUCAAAGUUUCUCCACUGUGACUGGAUGAAGUUGGGUCAAGAGGUGUACUUAUUUUUUCCACACAGUUUUUUUUUGUUUUAGUUUGCUCUCUGUUUGAGUUUGGAGGUUCUCCCGGUGCAACCGAGCGUUUUCUCCGGCUUCCCCUCCACAAACAAAACAGAAACCUGGAGAUUUAAAAGAGGGCGUACUUUCUUUUGUCUUCAUGUUUUCAAUGAGAAACAGUUAAAAAGUGACUUUUGGAUCAUUUUUUUUCUGAGUUUUUAUAUUUUUCUCCUCCAUCUUUGUUUCUGGUUGAGCUGGAUUUAAAAGCUGCAGCGUUCUGGAUGAAUUCUCCUCUUCAUCAGCAGAGCCUGGUCAUCAUGCAACAGAGCCACGGUCGUUUUGUUUAUUUAUUUUUGCCACAGGACUGCGUAGUAAUUUAUACUGUAAAUAUUAAAAGCUCUAUAAACGCUAACGGGAGAGAAUGAGAAAAAAAACACGAAGAUUAUUAAUAUAUGAAGAAGCUUCUAUUGUACAUAAACUGUCUGCUGUUUAGGGAGCCUGAAAAUGUCACUGUGUUUUUAUUUGGUGUUUUUGUCGGAGCGGUCCGGGUUCAUCCUGCACGCGCGCACACACACACACACACACACAAACACGAGCUCGUUACGGUGUAGCAUCACUGUCACCUGAACUGCCUCUUGCAACAUUUUGCACAUCCAGUAAAUCCACAGUGCACAGCUGCGAGCGUUGGGGGGAAACGUUGCUUUGAACAAGGAAAAAGAAACCUUUAAAUCUGAAUCACUUCUGCAGUUUAGAAGCCUUAAAGCGAGCCGGCCAGAGGCAUAAACAAAAUAUGCCUCAGCUUAGCAGCUCCACACUGAAAAAACACUAAAUAUUACCAACUAUUUUUGGUGUAGUUUCUGGUGCAAAUAUCUUAAAUAAGACAAAAUUUACAAGUAACUUUUCAGCAACAUAUAGUCGUCAGUUAUUACUUGCAAUAUGUAACUUCUAUUUUAAAAAUAUUUUGAUUUUUACAUUUUUGUUGAAACUUUCACCGUGUCAGUUUAUGAAAUAGAUCAUUUGUGAAAAAAAUUAAGCUCCUCUGCCUUCUCCCAGUGCUUACUAGAAACAACCAAUCAGAGUCAGGAGGCGGGUCUUAGUGCUGUCAGUCAAGCUUGUGUACGUCUCUGCUACCCUGAGCUAGCAGAUUGUGUUGUCAAUGCUAAUGCUAGUUAGAAUAGCCACUGAUGACACCAGAUAAAUAGUUUUCCUGUAGUGGUAAGUUGUUUCUCUGCCGUUAGCACGUUUAGCAAUGAGUACAUGAGGCUGAUUGACAGCACUAAGACCCUCCUCCUAGCUCUGAUUGGUUGUUUUUGGUGGUUUUCUUCAGACCCCAAUAGCAUCUCGGAGGAGGUGGAAACCUUUUCACAGAUUGUCUCAUAACAACCUGUUACGAUAUGACAGUUUCAGCAAAUAUGUAAAAAAUAUUUUAUUUUUGCAAAGAUUACACACUGCAGCUUUAAUAUUGAUGAAAAUAUGAAAGUUUAUUGUUGAGCAGGCAAAAUUAAAAAAAUAAAUAAAUU